GGUCACCAAGGAGGUGUGCAGCGUAUCUGUACGCAUGAAGCAGGUGGAGGAACUGUAUGGUACACUGCAAGAGUUUGGAGAGAAGAGGAAGGACAUGCUGGAGAAGAGCUGCAAGAAGUUCAUGCUUUUCCGUGAGGCGAACGAGCUGCAGCAGUGGAUCAAUGAGAAAGAAUCAGCGCUUACUAAUGAGGAGGUCGGCUCUGAUCUGGAGCAAGUGGAAGUUCUGCAGAAGAAGUUUGAUGACUUCCAGAAGGAUCUGAAAGCAAAUGAAUCUCGGCUGAGGGAUAUAAACAAGGUGGCAUCUGAGCUGGAGUCUGAAGGACUGAUGGCUGAAGAGGCUCCUGUUGUGCAGGCCCAGGUAUGA